AUGUAUCCGUUUUUAAUAGCCGAAACAAAUUUAACUUUAAAUGAUACAAUAGGUCCACUAUUUACCUUAGGACCUACACUUGUUAUUACUACUUCAUUAUGUAUUGUUAUUGGAACAAUUUUUUCUAUUUUAUGUAUAAUAAACUAUGUAACGCAACCUAGUUUGCGUACACAUAACACUUACAUAUUUUAUUUUAUGUUAAUCUAUUGUUUAAUAUCAUCAUUUAUCAGUGGACCAAUUUUUCUAAUGGGUUAUUAUUUAAAUCUUUUUCAAAAUUCUAUUUCUCUUUGUCAAACAUCUACCAUUCAUUAUUUAACAAUUAAUAUUGGUAUGGUUACAUCAUUAGCAUAUGCAAGUGUUGAACGACAUUAUUUAAUUUUUCGUAAAAAUGGUUUAUUAACAUGGACACGUCAAUUAUUUCCUGCUAUUUGUAUUCUAAUCUAUUCAUAUAUUGUAGCAAUUCUAUUUACAUUAAUACCAACAUGUACUUAUACACCAUGUCUUGGUUGUCAUACAACGGAAUUAAAAUAUAUGAUCCCAUGGUUAACCAUAAGUUUCUUUUUACCUCAACUUGUUAUGAUUAUUUCAACUGUUUAUUUAAUAAUACGUUUAUAUCAACAACGAGCAAAUUUCAAUAAAAGACCUGAAUGGUCAGUUUUACAAAAGAUUGUUGCACAAAUGGCUGUUUAUGUUAUUUGGUCAUGUCUUUAUUAUUGUCCAGUAUCAUUUUAUAAUUUAAGUUUAAUUAUUGAUCCAUCAAAAUAUUCUCCAGAUCUUAAAACAGUUAUGAAUAUUGUCAAUACAGUUAUUGUACAAUCAUAUCCAAUAUUAACAUUUAUUUCUAUGUUAUUAUGUACGCGACGUAAACAAGCACAACAAAAAAGAGACUCCGCAUUGAAACUGAAUAAUCUAUCGGCAAUAACACCAGUACCAGCAAAUGAAACACAAAAUUAG